AUGAAACGAAGAAAAACCAGCAUCCCUCUCCCGGCUCCCGUUGACACAUCCCCGGCGUCUCAGGUGCCAGAUGAAGGCCCCGGACCGUCCUGCCAUCCCUCCCUCGUCCCCGCGUCGCUAUCAUGCCACUAUCAGCCUCCAUGUUGGUCUGGGAAGUGAUAACAUCGGAGCAGCUCGCCGCCGCCGGGACGCACGCCGCGGGGCCCCUCCCUCCCGCCGCCCGCCGCCAACUGCCCGCCACCCGCCGCCACUCGUUACUGUGGCAGCCAAUGGGCGUGGCCUCGGCUCCCCAUUGGCCCGCCGGCUAUUAAAUUCCCGUUCGUGUCCGUGGCUGGCCGCUGAGUGGUGGAGGCGGCGAGGGGGGCGUGGCCUGGAUGUGCAAAAUGCCGGAGUGGUCUUGAGCGCAGAUCUUGUGUGUGUUGGGCAUUUUGGAUAAAUAAAUGGACUCUAAUUGAGCGGCUCAGUGUUGUCAGGGAGGUGGCCGGCCUGUGGUGCGGGGCGUGUGUGUGCCACCUCACUACAGCCCCGACGGCGCCUUGCUCAGGUCUCCGCCGCCGACACCGACACCGAUCGCCUACCUGCCCGCGGCCCGCCCAGCCCUCCCGCCCGUCGCCGCCCGCCGCCCGCCUACCGCCGCCGCCGCUGGUGAACGCUCCGUGGCCUAGUGAACACGUGUCGCAGUACAGAACCACCGGGCUUGUCCUUCUCUCUCGCCGCCGCCGCCGCUGCCGCCCCUGGCAUGUAGCCAGCGUCACACCCUCGCCGGGGCCUCGCGAUCCCCGUGGCCGCAGCAGCACCGGGCCACCGAGGUCAGGAUAGAGAGGCGAAGGAGGCGAAGGUGAAGGAAUUCCCGGCAGGUGAAGAAAGUCAUCUCAUUAACCUCCUCCCCCAUGUUGUACCCCCCCAUGGCCGCCGCCGAGGACAGCCCCCCGCCCUUCCCCCCCAGGGUGGGUGAGGGUAUGGCGGCGGCGAGGGGGCAGGGGGACGGGGGGGAGCGACCUGCUUCCCCCCACAGACCCCCACCCGACGCCCUGCAGGAGAGACUGAGGGAGGGCGCGGAUGGCAGCAGACACACGCCGCAGCAGGAGCCCCACGCCCCUCCCCUGCCUCCCGGCCUGGCCCAGCGCCCCCCCCGCCACCCCAGUGCGGGUCACGGCCCCCUGCGGCACCCCAGCCCGGCUCAGCUAACUUUACGUCCCCCCAGUCAGGUCCACCGACCCCAUCGCCCCCCCAGCCCGAUUAAUCGCCCCCUUCGGCCCCCCAGCCCAGCUCAACGCCACCCUCGACCCCCAAGCCCGGUUCAUCGUCCACUUAACCCUCACAGCCCGGUUCAACGACCCCCUCACCCCUACAGCCCAGCCCAACGGCCCCCUCGCCCCCCCAGCCCGAUUAACCGCCCUCUUCGGCCCCCCAGCCCAGCUCAACGCCCCCCACACACACCCAGCCCGGUUCACCGACCUCCUUGCCCACCCAGCCCAGCUCAACGCCCCCCUUACUCCCAAAGCCCAAAUAAUCGCCCCCUUCGCGCCCCCAGCCCGGUUCAUCGCCCCCUCAGCCCAGUUGAACGCCCCCAUACACGCUCAUCCCAACUCAACGCCCCCAUCGCCCCCCCAGCCCGGUUCAUCGCCCCCUGAACCCCCACAGCCCAGCUCAUCGUCCCCCUCACACCUCCAGCCCAACUACCAGACUUCCUCGGCCCCCCAGCCCAGUCCGCCACCCCCUUAACUCACACAGUCCACCUCAACGUCCCCCUCAGCCCCCAGUCCAGCUCAACGCCCCCCUCGGCCCCCCAGCCCGGCUCAGUGCUCCCCCCGGCCUCCCAGUCCCGCGCGUCGCACCCCAGAAGGCAGCCCCAGACAGUCCCCGGCCGCCCCCCCCCCCGAGGCAGAGCGGCCCCCCAGCCCCGCCCCCCACACGCACACCCGCAGCCGGGCGCCCCUCGCUUUCUCCAUCGACAGGAUCAUGGAGCCCACGCCCAAGAGAGUCAAGGUGACGGAGGUAACGAAACCCACCUCCCCCCCCAACACACCUCUACGGCCCCUGGUGGCGCGGCGACCCCUGGACCCCAACGCCUUCCACGACCCCCACGCCGGGCUGAGGGACCUCCACGACCCUAGGCUGGCGGGGCUGCGGGCGCUGUACGACCACCACCACCACCAUCAGCACCACCACCAGCACCACCACCAGCAGGGGAGGGCCAAGGAGCUGCUUCACGACCCCCGCGCCAGGGACCUCCUCGCCCACUACCCCUUCCUCUACCACUACUACCAGGCUGGAGGUGUUUUUCCCUCCUCCAGCGCCUCCGACAGACUCUCCCCCCCCGCCCCCCCCACCUCUCAGCCGCCGCCGCCGCCGCCCCCCGCCACCGCCCACCUGAGCCCCGCGCCCGCCCACCGCCUCACGCCCCACGCCCUCUCCGCCUUCACGCGCCUCGACCUUCUGAAGGGGCGGACGCAGGCUCAGACGCAAACCUCCCCCGCGCCCUCCCUCGUGUAUACCUGUGCGACCACCAAAACCACCUCGGACUCCCCGGUACCACGCCCCUACGACCUGUCCAUGACUGGUCCCGCUGCCCUCUCAAGGACCACCACCACCACUGCCUCCACCACCACCACCACCUGCACCACCGCGCCCCCCUCACCCUCCACUUCCCCCUGCCCGCGAGUCGAUGAGGCCAAGUCGUCCAGGUCACCCCCCACGUCCCCCCUCCCCCAGCACCCCUCUCAUGUGGUUGUGGGGGUGGGGAGGCCUGGGGAGGGGAUGGGGAGGGCGGGGGCGAUUACUACCACAAUCACCACCACCCGCUCACCACCACCACCACCACUACUAUCUGGAGCCAAGCCUCUAAGCGUCACAUCACCUACCACACCCAUGCCAGGAGGAGGAAGAGGAGGAGGAGGUGCACCCAUAUCCACACCAGUAAGCACCCCCGCCCUAAACACCCCUUCAGCGCCCCCUACAGGCAGCAACCUCGCCAGUAUCGCCACCAACACGUCAGGGGUGGUGGUGGCGGAGGUGGUGGGGGGCGCGAAGAAGGCCGUGGGGGUGGUGGGCGGGGGCAGCGUGGGCGGGGUGGGGAAGGCGCAGAAGACGUUUACCUGCCCUGAGUGUGGGAAGAUCUUCAACGCGCACUACAACCUGACGAGGCACAUGCCGGUACAUACAGGUGCCCGGCCCUUCGUGUGCAAGGUGUGCGGCAAGGGGUUCCGCCAGGCGUCCACGCUCUGCCGCCACAAGAUCAUCCACACCUCGGAGAAGCCGCACAAGUGUCAGACGUGCGGCAAGUGCUUCAACAGGUCGUCGACGCUCAACACGCACGUCCGCAUCCACCAGGGCUACAAGCCGUACGUGUGUGAGUUCUGCGGCAAAGGCUUCCACCAGAAGGGUAACUACAAGAACCACAAGCUGACCCACUCGGGCGAGAAGGCGUACAAGUGCCACGUGUGCAACAAGGCCUUCCACCAGGUGUACAACCUCACCUUCCACAUGCACACCCACAACGACAAGAAGCCCUUCCAGUGCUCCAUCUGCGGCAAGGGAUUCUGCCGCAACUUUGACCUCAAGAAGCACAUGCGCAAACUGCACGACGCCAACUCCUACUCGUCCUCGUCGCCCUCGGUGUCGCCCGUGGCCGAGGGCGGCGUGCACGCGGGCUCCUCGGCCACGGCGCUGCAGCGCCAGUUCUCAGUGCUGCCCUCACUGGUGGGCGGCGCUGCCUCGCUGCCCACAAGCAUGGCCGCCCUCACCUCGCUCUCGCACGCCCCGCCCACCAUGCCGCCGCCCCUGCCCGCCCACUUCAUGAACCCCUUCCUCAUCGCGCCGCCCUCGUUGCCCGCCGCCUCGGCCGCGCCCUACCUGCACAAGAUCCCCUCCCUGCUGGGCUGAUGGCUGCUCCUCGCCCACCUGGCCGCCGCCGCCUCCUGACGGGCGGCGCCCCGGCGGCCACGUCCCUCUCGUCAAGCCAAAGACUCUUCGUCCCGCAGCCAGGCGCACCCGCGGCCCCGCACACCCCGGUCCCUCAGCCUCUAGUCCCUUCGGCGCCGCUGCUCCGGGGCUGCCAGGUUCUACAGUCCCAUGUGCACCCUCGGAGCGCCUCCCGCAGCGCCCCGCCAGCCUCACCUCGUGUGUCCCUCGUGUGACCCUUGUCCCGUCACGCCGCCUCGCCCCGCCCGAAGGCCCCCUGAUUCGGACCCCCUGCCGCCAUCGCCGCCGCCGAUGAGCCUCAGGAGCCAGACGCCCCGAGGCUGCGCGGGCGGCGGGGAGGAGCAGCAGGCGGUAGGCGGGGCGCCUCGCUGCGUGGGUGCCGGGCGGGGGGCGGGGGGCCGUAGCUGUCUCCGCCGUAGCGUCAGGUUGUUAUGUCGUCAGCUGUUCCCUUGCCACGUCUAGUCAGCGCGUCGUCACGUGACCCUGUACAUACUGUGCAUAGACCGUGUGCGCCAUGUGUUAUAUACAUGGCGUGUGCAUAGACCCCGUGUGUACAUACUGCCAGUGUCCUACUGAGCCGAACACACACACACACACACACACACACACACACACACACACACGUCGUCCUCGUCGCCUCGUCAUGAGCGGGAGGGUCGUCAAGGAACAAACAGUGAGUGCCUAGUGUGGUCGUCGCCGCGGCACGACACACAACGCCGCGGCCAAUCCCUGUGAGGCACCGCCGUGACGUCACUAAUCCAAACACGCCGCGGCCACCAACCAGCGGCGAGGAUGACCAUCACCAACGACCCCCCAGCCAACCACGGCACGACACACACCCAGGACACGACACACACACACACACACACACACACACACACACACACACACACACACACAAUCCCACCGCCGGGCCAGAUUGCAAAAUAAAAAAGUGAUCACACCAUA